UAACACUCAAAAGCCCACUGUUUAACAUAGGCUCCGAGAACGCACUGGCGCAGCAUACAAAUCAGUUCCAUCUUGAAGUUAGUCACGCAUUGCAUCGUACAGAUAUAACUCGUCCCGGAACGCCCUGCAGUUGGCAUCCUCAUCCAGCUUCUACCACAUCAUUUCUAGCUUUACCUGCCUUCAUUCCUCGCCAACCUAUUUGACCUCAAAGACUUGUGGACUACAUUCAUCCCUUUGAGAUCCUUUCAUCAUGUAUUCGUACGCGGACCAGCCCACGCCACCUUUUAACUCGCCUUACCAACAACACACAUCGCGGGUAGGCUCCCUACUUGAGUCACCCUAUCCUUCACCAGGACAACAGGAGCCGCGGCCCAAUUACACACAUGGCCUUGGCUUAUAUGAAGUCCACCCAUCGUUGUCGAACCGUCUCCCUCCAUCACCUCCCCAGCAAUCGGAAAGCUGGGUCGGCACUCAUUAUCCCAACGGCACCUCGGCAGAAGCCACUGCAGAUCCGUAUCUAUCAGGAGCUUUCGAUCACCCAGUCCCUCAUUCGCCGGUACCGUGGAGUUCCGCCCAGGACUCACCUCCUACAUCUCCAGGCGUGUACAGUCAACGCGCGAUGUCUGCUGCUUAUUCGCACGAUGGCUCAGAGUCUGAGUCUUACUCUGAUGUCAGAUUAGAGGGCCCCACAUGGAAUUCAGCAGCUCACAUUCAUUAUGGCGAAGAAGUGCCAGUUACUAUGGGUGGUCCGUCCUUAUCAGGGCAACCGCCGCUCACAGUAGCUCCCGAUCGGCUUAGCACACACAUGUACUCCUACGAGAGUGCGUAUCCAUCACCGGCGAUGCCCACAUACGAGCCGGCAUCGAUAUACAACUACAGCAACCGUAACCCCGUACAGGCAUCGCCAGUGAUCGGGGCUGCCAAUGCACGAGUUCGGAGUACACGAGCUCCUCGAACUUCCCACGCAAUGCCGAAACGAACCCGCAAUCGCCGACACACUGAUCCCGCUAAUGCCCCAUACCACUGCCAUAUUUGCACCGACAGGGGGUUUGCCAGGAAAUACAACCUCAACCAGCACAUGCUUACACAUGAGCAGGAGCGAAAGAGGCCGAAUAUCUGCCCACACCCUCAGUGCAGAAAGAUGUUUGUGCGCAAGACAGAUCUGGCUCGACACGACCAGAGUGUGCACACAGAUAACAGACCUUGGAAGUGUUCAAGGUGCCCUGCAACCUUUCCUCGGAAAGACACGCUUGGCAGACACGAGGAAGAUGGAUGUAGUCGCCGCACCCAAGUGCAUGCCGACGACGCAGCAUUUGCGCGUUCGAAACUCUGAUCGACGGCAUAGGUCAGACUCAGCCGCUACAUGACUCUUUAUCGAUCAGAAAGGGCUGUCCCUGCACCAACACUCGAUACAUGCAGCACGAGAGGACACGUCGGAAGCAGUUCGAUCAGUUGAAAUACUCUACGACGGGUCCUAGCAAGUCGUAUCUCUAUCUAGUUUCAAGGUUUUCUUUACAUUGCGUGGGUGGAAAUUUGCAACAAUGGCGUUUUAGUGCACUCCAAAGAAUGUGAGAGCAAUAGAAAAACUGUAGCUACUUGGUGAGGUUGCCCUGCUUCAUCGCGUAACGGCCCCUCUUGUUUACUAGGCGAAUAUGAUCACGCUCGUUCACACUAC